AUGGGUUCCGGUAAAUUCCCUUCCAUCUUUCAUGUACAAUUAAUGAUUUUUACUAGAUAGCAGGCUCCAUUAGGAUUGUUUUUAAAGUCGAAAUUUCAAAAUGCAUUUUCGAUUAGAAAGGAUAACUUAAGUAGAGUUGUAAAAUUGUUUGUUUGCAGACAAAAAGCUCUGUGGGAAGGCCACCUCUGGACAGUGGUCACGCACUGCCGAAACACCAAUGGCAUCUGAAGUCUUGUUUCAUGCAGGGAUUGCUCACCUAAGUCGGCCUUCGUGCAGCAUAAUCCCGAGAUAUAUUAGCCCCGCCAGGAUGUCAGCUUUCAAACGAGCUUCAUUUCAGUCGCCUAUAAAAUCUCCCUAGUAGCAAACUAUAUCGAGUAGAUAUCUAUUAGAUAUCUAUUUAUCGAUAUAUAUAUAUAUAUCGAUUAGAUAUCUAUUUUGACGCAAACAUAGAUAUCUAUUAGAUAUCGAUUAAUCGAGAUACUACGCUAUCGGCGAAAAGGGGGGGGGGUACUAUGCUACGCGUGGAAUCGUUUGCUUACCCCAAUGCCCUUUUCUACCCCCAUCCAUUCCUUGUCGUAUGUUUAUUACCCCCCGAUUACCCAUAGGUACACUGGAGACGGUUGUAUUGUAAUCUGUUUAUCAAAAAAAAUUAAAUUAAUAUGUACCAUAGUUUACUGAACCCCUUCUGUGUUCACAUAGGUAACGCAGGCGAGGAAUCAGUAGAUAAUUCGGGUAUACUGUCUAGAAAUUAAAGUCCAUUACUGGAAAACGGCAAUUAAUUUACCACUGUCAUUGGGCGUCAGUUGUGACUUAUUCCUCCGCUGGACACAACUGUCGAGCGACCUUUUCAGCCGCUUGGUAAGUGCUGACUCAAGGUCAGACAGCUUUACGGUGGAAUCGGUAUUCCACGCUCCGAAGACUUCUGCAUGUUGUAUAGUUGUAAGUAACGGCAGACCUACCAAGUAUAACCUCAUACAGUUUAGAACCGCAGAGGCUCUCUUUCGUCUUUCUGCCUUUGAAAUUGACAUAAAGGCUGAUCUCAUCGUCGAAGACUGCGAAGAAAAUUCGCUUGACGAAUUCGUCAAUAUUCUGCCCACCAAGGCUUGUUAGGAAGGAAGUCUAACGCAAUAGGGUGUGAUUAAUAUGGUGGCAUACCAGCUCCAGUCUGAAGCUCUUGUCCAGUAAUCGGACAUUCAAAUUGCGAAAUUCGGCUCCGGACCGUAAUUGGUGGUCGAGCGGGUUCCUCGGCAGCUGAGAAGUUCCCGGUCCCGAGGUUUUAGCAUGCUGUUGAAUCAUUGAUUCUAACAGCCGCUGACGGCCGAGUAAUUUGCGGACAGUCUUCACUAGAAUGUCUAGUUUCAUUGACUGUGCACGCAUGUGUUUGCACAUAAGUAGCAGGAUAUCUUCCUGCCCAUUGACUUUCGGCACUGUUGUUAAGGUGUCGUCACCGAGGGGGAUGGUGUCGAAAGAAUCAUCGGCGUUCACCUGCGGCUCCUGAAAGGUAUAACAGCGUUAUUUUCCAUAACUGACUGGCGAUGAUAUGCCUUCACCUUCCAGCAGGUAGAUCGCCUCAUCAAUCGCGGACCUCCUUUGUCGGGCCGGCAGUUGUCGUGUCGGAAGUUGGCUCAUGUUAGUAUCUACAAACGCACAGGAAAUAUGGUUAAUUAAGUGCUAGCAUAAUGGCCACUACUUCCCUGCAGUGCUCGCAAACCACUAACUAGAAGAACUGUGCUUUUGUAGGGUUCACGAGCACUGUUUGCAUAGGCAAAAGGAUAGUAAGUGGCUUCCCUAAAUCUCUAUAUAAUUUCAAUUAAUACGUAGUGAUUACCUUGUGGAAUGCAUACGUACUUAAUGUAGUCAUUCGGUAAUGGUGAGCAGACUAACUUGUUAUCUAUGCUAGCUUUAUAAACUUUCAUAAGGGAGGAAUUCUUAGGAUAGUCAAAGUAAUCUGAAAUAUUGCUUAAUUCAUGAAAUACUAAACGUAUACAUCCGGCUGCAUCACAUAGUAUGUUUUUAACACAUACUAUUCUAUUGACAAUUUCUAUGCACCUAUUGCCUGAGGUAAUGUCAAUACGAUAUCUAUCUGGGAUUAGACAUUUAUAUUGCUGACUGCCCUCAUAGCCUGCAGGUAUUGGUCCCGCAUUAUGUUCAUGAAGGAAUCUAGGUGAAGAAGGCCUUGAGGUAUCGCGCGUAGCCACCACCACCUCCUCCUCCUCCUCGCUUAAACGCCUAGCUACCUGUUGUAAAGGCCGUAAGGGGCUUCUAAGCAAAUUCUUCAAUCUGCCUAAAUAGCUUUCAAAAGGGAAAGACGAAAAUGAGUCCAAUGGACCGUGACGCUCAACAUCGUCCGCAAUGUGCCUAAGGCUAUGCACAUUGUAAACCAUGUGUUCGUCACUGUAUAGACUCGAAAACAGUAAUAACAACUGCCUACAAUAACCUACGUUUCGGUAGCAGGUCUUAGGAGAGGACAGCAAUCUAAGGGCAGUAAAAAGCAUUAACUACAAUUUAUAAUGAUUAAGAGGCAGGAUACCCGGGAGAACGACAAGACCUAGAUACAAUACAAACUGCCUAAACUCUGUAGCCUUCCAGGACUCGAACUCACUUAAACACCUAGCUUUUUGGGAAAAUUCUGAUGGAAGGCAUGCGUUUAAAGAACGCAACCUAUCGUCUAUAGCCUUUACCUGCACUGCCUUCAGUACCGAAGGCGUCGUGCGACCACUGUCCUUUGAACGAUGAUUUCUAACCCACAAACUUUGCAAGCGUUUCACUACGCCCAAGUAAAUUAGAUGCAUUGGAUCUAGAGGAAAUUGGGAAAUAAGGCCUACCUUGCAAGAGACGAAUGGAGACACUCCGACUCUGUGUUCGUCCUCGGCGGAGUGCAAGAAGUCCUCAUCCGUCCUAUCACUCUCUCCUUUCUCUAGGUAUACUACUAGCUAGACUAAACAAAAAGGGGUAAAUUAUUUAAUAUGCACUUUUCAAAUUGAUUUUCGAUGCAAUUAAGAGGAUGCCAUAUAACUUUCAUCCAAUUUUGCAUUGAUUGUGGACCGAGUUGUAUAUUCCAUGAACAAUGGUAAUAAACGCUCAGAUACAAUUCUGUAUGAAUGGAAGUUUAGGAGUUUCAGAAAACGUCAUAAUUAUGAAUUCUUCAAAAACAGGAUUAUAUACUAUCUUCAUGUGCUUAAUUAAGAGACGCCGCGACUUUCUAUCGAAUAUGCACAAGAAAGGGUAUUUUUACACAUGUUUUCCGCAAAACGUACUUGCAUUUAUAAGGCUGUCGAAAAUCAAUGUGAAAAAUUUAUAACAAAUAAACUGUCAUUUUUUACCGAGUGCAUUUUCUGCAGGAGGCCGGGAAGAGGCCCAUUAAUUUAAGCUACAAUCAAUGGGUGUCAUCUUGAAGCAAAAUGGAUGUUUUAAGUGAGGGCCGCUAGGUUCCUUCCUAGCGGACAUGCUGGUCGUGUCGACUACUUAAGUAGUAUCACCUUAUGUCCUUAAAAAGCGUCUCAUCCAGCCUUAUUUUCCGUUUUCUUCGUAGAAUGGCAGGAACUGCCGCUGCAACAGCCAGCUUACUGCCUACAGCCCGUGGAAUCUGGACAUGGAUCUGAAAACACGAUGAUGUUCGGGUUUGAUGCUCUGAAGAAUGACUGUGUUCAGUUCAUCUAUAAAGGCAGCGGAGGGAAUGAAAACCGAUUUGCGACAAAGUCUGCCUGUAUGCUGGGCUGCCUAUUUGAGCUUGCCCCUCAUUAA